AUGUUUAAGCGUCUGAAUAAGGCGUCUGCAUUGCGCGCCCAACUUGAUGAAGAGGAGGAGGACGAUGCACCUAACGAGAAAAGCAUCGAGGUUCAUCUCGAAAGCAAAAACCACAAGCGCCGCUAUGCACGUUUUGUUGCUUUCGCCGAAUCGGAGAAGAAGAAAGAAGGUAAUAAGGUUUUAUAUAUCGAUCCACGCACGCUAAUUGACCUGCUAGAAGAUGAGCGUGCGAAAGCCAUGCAAGCCACGGCGUCUGCGUCCAAGAAGCGCAAGACGGUCCAUGAGGAUGCCACGCAAGAGACCUACGUGCCACGUCUCGAACGGCGCAAGAUGCGUCGUGCAGCACGGCGAGAAAAGCGCGCGGCACUUCAAAAGCCGUCAUCGUCGUAA